UAAAAAGCAAUUCAAAAGUUAUCUUUAAAUUUAUUAAAAACAAAAAUAUGAAAGAAAACGAAGAAUACGGUGUUCUUAGCGAUUGUGACAAACAAUUUCUUAAAUCCAAAGGCUAUGAAACUAUGACUAAUAUCGGCAGCUCUUAUGAUCACUUAGUGUUCAAAGCGAGAACAGCCAGUGGACAGGUAGUGGCCGUUAAGUAUUUGCAGAUUACAAACAAACGGAAACAAAAAUAUUUAGAAAGAGAAAUACAGAUAACAGACUUUUUGAGAGAUAAUCCGCACAAAUGUAUUGUCAAAGUGUUUGAUAAUAUUAGAGAUGAGACCAACAAUCGGGUCUUUACGAUCAUGGAGUUGGGCACUGGCGGUGAUCUUAUAACUUACUUUGAACGCCGCAAAUGGACCCGAAUUGACGAUCAUUUGGCCAAAUAUUGGUUCGACCAGUUGUUGUCAGCUGUUAAAUGGCUUCACGACCACAAUAUUGCCCACCGAGACAUCAAAGCCGACAAUGUUGUUAUGUUUCCCGAAGGCGAUACUUUUCGGCUAAAGCUUACAGAUCUUGAAAUGGCUAUAUUUGGUGUCCAACGGAUCGGACGUUUUACGCAAACAAUCAAAUGUAAUACUGUUUGCGGAUCCAUUGAAUACGCUGCGCCCGAAAUUUUUAACGCGGCUUACGAUCCAUUUAUGGCCGACAUCUACAGUCUGGGCGUUGUUUUGCAUAUUUUUGUGGCCGGAAUUUCUCCGUUCAGAAUCUAUGGCUCACAACUGUUACAACUGAGCGAUAGAAUCAACAGAACUCAGGAACUGAAGCAAAAUCCUUGCCUGGAUUUCCCCAAAAAGUCUAACUCUUCAGCACAAGCUUUGGUACGACAAAUGUUGGAUCCAAAACCCGAUACCCGAAUCAAAUUGACUGAUAUAUUCAACAGUGAAUGGAUGCUAACGGGUGGCGAUCAAGAAAGCAAACAUUUUUGGCGAUCCGUUCAAUUAAAACAUUGAUUAAUAAGUUUUUAAAAAAUAAAUUAUUAUAAUUUUGUUUUUUAUAAAAAUGACUUAAA